AUGAUCGCACGUCUCUUCUUCGUCGUCUUCGUCUCCAUCCUCGCCGCCUCACCCUUCACCACCGCCUCCCUCCAGUCCCCCCUCUCACCCAACAUCCCCACUAUGGCCGACAACGCUGACAACAAGUACGCCGCCGCCGAGGCACAGGGCCUCUCGUCGGGCGGCGGCCUCGCCACCGGCUUCCCAGGCGGCCUUACGGGCGGCGGCCUCGGCUCGUCCCCGCUCGUCCCCAAGACGGGCUCCAUCGACCCCAAGACCGGCGAGCCCCACAAGGCGGGCCUCACGCGCGCCGAGCUCCAGGCCAAGCGCGAGGCCGAGGCCGCUGCCGCUGAGAACAAGUGA